AUGGACUCGACCAAAGCUUUGAGAGAUUGGUAUACAGAGCGGUCAGGCUUACGAGUUGAUCUCGUUGGAGACUUUGCCGGAAAAGAACUUUUCGCCAUCCAUGGCGAGGCCCUCAUGGCACACUGCCUUUUGCAGGCACAAGUCAACUAUCAGGAAGGCUUCCAACUUCUUCACGCCGUCUAUGCAGUCGAGAAAUUCCUGAAUGAACUGGACCAGCGUCACUGUCACUUCCAGGUCAUUUGGUUAGAGAGCCACGAGAGGCUCUGCAUACCUCCAACAACCCCCGAAGAGCAUCAUAUCAAGUACUUAUUGACGCGCAGGAUCUUGAUUGAGCAUCUAAACCGCAGCCUUGGUGCCAGGCGUCCUCGUUGCUCCUAUGUCUUUGAUAGCUUGAAUGACCAGAACUUCACCAACCACCUCAAGAGAAGUCCAAUACUAUUUUUUCUCUGCUCCGAUGGUCGCCAGCAUCUGACAGCGUCUGGGCCCAAGGCAUUUCAGAACAUCACCCUGUGCCUGUAUCUCAUCCAUCAUCUUAAUCUCCGAGGCUACAGCAUCGCCCUUACUGAUGAUACUGAGAUUAGCAAUGCCAAAGUGGCAGCCACCGUUUUCACGCCGGCAUACAACGACACCAUUUCUUUCACUGAUGAACUAUUUCCUGACGAAGAGAUAGGAGUCGAAUCCGAUAUGAGAAAUGCAGGAGAGAUGGCCUACCAGCUUAUCCUGAAGACCGAUGACUGGGCCUAUUUGGAUGACGGCACUGCUUUGACUGCGCGGCAAGCUCUCCUCGUUGCUGCUCUUUCUGAAUUGGCUCAGCAAAACUCUGAUCAGCUUCUUAUCGCGUGCUUUCUAAUUCACAUGGGUCUUCUCAUUGAUCGUAAGCUCGUCGAAAGAGCCAGUAACCGGCAGAAACCCACUGAAUCACAAGCUUCUGACUUCUUGACGAGGCUUGUAAGCAUCUCCAACAACCUCAUGAAGAAAUUGGCCGCAUCUGGCGAGAAGCCUUUUCUUCCAAAGUUUGAGUGGGAUGCUUUCGAUAUGCUUGACGGAAUGCUAUUUUAUUCCGUUAUUGGCAAGACCCACGGCAUCUCACUGGGUCAGGAGACGUCCUACAUUGUGAUGGGGCUCUCGAAAAAGAUCAAGGGGCUUUCAGGCUUGGAUUGCUCGCCAGCACUUGGGCACUUGCUUUCGCAAACACAGGAAUCGUCCAAUUCUUCCAUAUUGGAUGAAGAGAGGGCUCCCAGAGAGCCUAUUGUUAUGCGACCAGUCCUGAAAUUCGCACACCCGGCCUUUGACAAGUACUUUGAGGACGUCAAGAUUGACGUGAAUCUGACUGCUGAGCGACCAGUUGCAUCUAAAAUCUUCCAAGAGGCAACACAUUGGCACAACUCCAAAAAGACACUAUCUGUGAAGCAGAAGCCCAAGCUCCUGGACAAGUGGGCUUUGAAGCGUGAUCAGCGCUUCAUGGCGGCCACGAAGACAUACGCUGACAGCCUCACUACUGGUAUGCCGGAGAUCAUAUUACUGACGAGCAAGUCUGGCUCUUCUACUCCCGUGCCAGCCCGGAAGGAGCAGCUAAGCGAGUUAAGUGCAGCUACAGCCCCCACUUCCAAGUCAGGAGCACCAGGGACAGCGGAGAGAUUAUGGGCAACCAAGAAGAAAAAGCUACAAAAGUUAGGUGAUCUCAAUAUUCAGCUGGAUGCAGCCAAGGAUUUCGAGUCGGGAAUCACUUUUGGAAAAGACCCUGUCAGUGUCGAAAUCUCGCUGUAUAUCUGCAAGCUAUUAGUAGCUAUCUUCGAGAACAAAGUGAAGACAGGGAAGGGCAAGGAUUUGGCUGCGAUCGUGGAGGUGUUCUGGAAAAGAGUGAUUGAGCUGAAGAUCAAACGCAUGGCUGUGGAAACUGCUAGGGAGCUCAAGGAGCUAGCCAUUGCGCUCCAAGCCUUGACGGAGCGAACUCGAUUUCAAGGCCUGUAUCAUGGGGCCACUUCUAUUGAGCACCAGCUUGAGCUUUAUGGGCCGGACAUGGAGCGCGGCUUUAAUCCCGCCCCUGACUCUCGUGUAUCCUUCAAGCCAGAUGCUUGGCAGCGCAAGGUUCUGGAUGCCAUCGACGCCAAAAAGAGUCUCUGUGUCAUUGCCCCAACCUCUGCGGGAAAAACUUUCAUCUCGUUCUACGCCAUGAAGAAGGUGAUGCAGUCAAGUGACGACGCCGUUCUAGUGUACGUUGCACCCACAAAGGCUCUCGUCAACCAAAUUGCGGCCGAAGUACAGGGCCGCUUCAAGAAAAACUUCCAGCAUCGAGGGAGCCGAAGUGUGUGGGCUAUCCACACCCGAGAUUACCGUGUCAACAAUCCAACAGGAUGCCAGAUUCUUGUGACGGUGCCACAUAUUUUGCAGAUAAUGCUGCUCUCACCUCCCAAUGCAGAAAAGGCAAAUUCAUGGGCCCAUAGAAUCAAGCGCAUCAUCUUCGACGAGGUUCACUGCAUAGGACAGGCACAAGAGGGUGUUGUCUGGGAACAACUGCUCUUGUUGGCCCCUUGCCCUAUCAUCGCCCUCUCAGCCACAGUCGGAAACCCGCAGGAGUUUUUUGCAUGGCUGAGCGAGUCCCAGAGAUCCAAAGGACAUGAUCUGGAGCUAGUGGUGCACAAUGCGCGGUACUCGGAUCUGCGCAAAUAUAUCUACAGACCGUCAGACAAGUGUCAAAGCAAGUUUGAUGGUUUCCCGCCCCGCGAUCAGGCAAAAGACGUAGUCCAUGGGCUAGACGAGCAAGGAAAGAGUCCAUUCUUUUUCGUGCACCCCAUCGGGAGCAUUGUCGAUCGAAACCGAGGAACGCUGGAAGAUAUCAGCUUGGAGGCCCGAGAUUGCUUGAAGCUCUGGCUCAGCAUGAGAAAGCACCAGACCGUGGGUUUCCCAGUUGCAGACAAGCUAGACCCUUCGAAAGCUCUGCCCGCAAUUGUUAAAAAAGCCGAUAUACUUGACUGGGAAGCAGAUCUCAAAGCAUGUCUAUUGCCUUGGAUGAUGGACCCAGAAUCUCCUUUCGAGGCAGUUCGGGACGAUCUUCGAUUUUGCGACAGCGGAAAUACGGAGACCCCUAUCAAAAGCAAAGCAAAGAAAGCGUCUGCAGAACACUUCCAACUGCUUUUAGACCUCCACCAGCGGCAAGGUCUACCGGCAAUAAUCUUCAACUACGACCGCAUGAAGUGCGAGAGCAUUAUGAGCUGUGUCAUUGCAGAGCUAAAGCGCCAUGAAUCGGAGUGGAAGAAGACAAGCAAAGAGUGGCAAAAGACCAUAAUCGACUACGGGAAAUGGAGCAAGGAACAGGAAAAGAGCAAAGAGACCAAAAAGGGGCGAAAGCAGGAUAACACUAGUCUGGAAGAAGGCAUGUCCAAGCUGGAUCUCGUGCGUGAGGAGGGCCAAAGGGACGUCAGCAAGUGGAGGUAUUUCAAUCCACACGCGCCGCUUGCCAGAUUCUCCUUUGCCGACUCGAGAGCAUGCCAGUCCGAGGAACUUGAGGAGCUUAUCCGCUCACUCAAAUGGGCCAACUUGGACCCGAUCUUCGUUGAAGCGCUGCGACGGGGAGUCGGCGUACACCACUCCGGUAUGAACAGAAAGUAUCGCCAAGUCGUUGAAAUGCUUUGCCGUCGCGGUUUCCUGACCGUGGUCAUUGCCACUGGCACACUUGCGUUGGGAAUCAACGUUCCUUGCAAAACCGUCGUGUUCUCAGAGGACUCUGUGUUUCUUUCUGCCUUGAACUUCCGUCAGGCAUCCGGCCGAGCAGGCCGUCGGGGCUUUGAUCUGCUUGGCAAUGUCGUCUUCAACAUCCCUACCCAAAGGUCCUUCGAGAUCAUGUCUUCGCGGCUUCCAGAGCUUCGAGGGCAGUUUCCGGUAUCUACUACGAUUGUUCUAAGCACUCUGUCACUUUGCAGUCAUACCCAGAACAAUCGGUUCUCAAUCAAGGCGGCACAGUCUCUUCUUUCCCAGAACUUGCUUUACCUGGGCGGCCCCUCUGGAGAGCUUGCAGUAAAGCAUCACAUUCGUUUCUCCAUUGAAUAUCUACGAAAGCAGCACCUUCUUUCGGAUUCCGGUGUCCCACUCAACUUUGCCGGUCUGGUCAGUCAUCUCUAUUUCACCGAGAAUGCGACCUUUGCCUUCCAUUCACUACUAAAGGGCGGAUACUUCCACAAGCUUUGCGCGGAAGUAGACAAGAACCCAAGCGCGGUGGUACUUGAGCUACUGCUCGUACUGUGUCAUCUGUUUUGUCGCCAGCCUGUCACUCGGAUUGGUGAUCAGGAGUGGCUCGAGAGGGUUAAGAAGUCGUCUUCUAUAGUUAUUCUCCCUGACCUGCCGCCCAUGGCCCUGAACCUGCUGCGUGAGCACAACAGCGAGACACUGGCCAUCUUCAAAAACUAUGUGCAGACAUAUAUUUGCCAGAAUCUAGCUGAUAACCCCGACAAUAAGCUACCGUUCUCCAAGUAUACCGUUGGAGGGCAAGGCAGUGGUAGCAAUGCGUAUCAAACAAAAAAAGCUCCGGAGAUCCGGUCCCCAUUUGCAGCAUUGUCCGGCUUUACCGACUCGUUUCAUUCCAUCCGGGAACUUUGUCGGACUGUACGCGAGGGCGUAUUUCUUGAGGAAUCAGCAGUCCCUUAUAUCAGGAUUUAUCCUGAUGACACAGACGGGGUGCCCUGGAAUGCUUAUCUGUAUGACUUUUUCAAGCAUGGUGAUCUUAAAGCACUCGUCACAGGCAACGGCAUCAAAUCAGGCGAUGUUUGGUUUCGCCUCAAAGAUUUCUCUCUGAUUUUGGCUACAAUUGUCACAAGUCUGGACAAUUUUCUCAACCCGAAGGCGGGCUACCCAGACAUGUCGAAUGUACAGGACGUGUUUGACAGGGUGGCCGAAGAUCAGGAGGUUGGCGAAGGUGACCGUGUUCAAGAAGCCAGUAUGCCGAUGCCAUUGGGUGAGGUCACGAACAAGAAGACAACCAAGAGGAAGAAGGUUGCUGAAUCAUGGGAUGAUGAUGCGGAAGAGGAGGAGACCGAAGCUACUGGUGGCUAUGAUGUUACCUCGAAUGGCCGGGACGAAACCAGCGCUCACGACUCGGAUGCCGAGACGGGCAUUGGUCGGGAUGAUGUGCCUGCCUGGCAGAGGCAGGACGAGGGGAAUUUGAGAAAUAUCCUCAAGGCGUUUAGGCUCCUGCAAGCGGAGUUUGACGAGAAAUUCAAGAAGGUCUGGGCUUAA